AUUCAGAUGGAAACCUGCAGAUGUGUGAUCAUCUGUUUUGCAUGGAAACAAAUUUAUUAUCUGUGAGUGUGUCUGUCAAUACCAGCUCAACGAAAGAUGGAAUUUUGAUCAAAUUUUAUAUUUUGAAUACAGCAGUUUGUUAAUGACAGGACCUAGAAAAUUCCAGGAGAUGGUUAGGGCGCUGUUGCUCUGCUGAAUAUACAUAUAUCGCCAGCAGAGUAUAAAAGUGACUAUACAAAGAAGCUGGAGAGGAUAUGCGAUGAAUUCCUUGUGGUGACUGCCGAGUCUGCUUGUAACUCAGCUUCAGAAUCUAAGUCACACAUGAAGCGACUUAAGGAGAAUCUGUUCAGGGACUAUGACACCAGUUCGAGGCCAGUGCGACGUUGGUCGGACCGGACACAAGUGGCUGUUCAAAUGAUUCCACUGUCACUUGACUUUGAUGAAAUUUAUGACGUAUUUACCCUCCAUUCUUCCUUGCACUUUGCUUGGAUAGAUGAGUUCUUGGUGUGGAAUGCUUCUGAUUACGGAGGAAUAGAACACAUUCUACUUGAUGGCGACUCGGUGUGGGUGCCCGAAGUGUUUCAUCUAUCAUCGUGGGACAUUACGGAUCUCAUGGGGCGCAAGAGGUUGUGCAAUUUGUUUUCGUCAGGUUGGCUUCAUUGCUGGGAUUACCCAAUUCUCAUAGCUCUCUGCCGCUUGGAUCUCACUCACUGGCCAUACGAUUCUCAGAACUGCACUGUGACUUUGUCCACUGUCACCCAGUCUCUAGAAGAAAUUGAACUGAUGGUCAUAGGUGCCGCUGUUAAUUUACAAGAAUACAUCCCCAGCCGAGCAUGGAAACUGCUCACUGUAACAGUCAGCCAGUACAACCAUAUAUUUGGGAACAAAGUAUUUCCUUGCUUGCAAUACAACUUGCUGCUGAGAAGAAGUGACGCCAUUUCCGGGGUCACAAUUGUCGUUCCUAUAAUAGUGCUCGUCUUCUUAGUGCUGUCGUCCUUCUGGCUGAACUCUGAGCAGGAAGUUCGCGUCAACCUGUGUUGCACUCUGCUUGUAUGCCAUGUCCUGUUUCUCCAGAACAUUGGCCACAUAAAUAACGGAGACAAUGCACCUGUUAUAGUGCUGUUCUUUCGAGACUCGUUGGUGCUCUGCGUGUUUUCGUUGGAAUUUGCAGUCUUCAUGCAGUGGCUCAAUACAACUUCACCGAGAAAGGUUCCAUACUUUUUUAACAGCGUUUUCGAUAGCGGACCAGCUUGGAUGCUGCUUUUGUUAGGAAGAAGAAACUGCCUGAAAGGAAGUGAGACACUGAACGACGGGAGACAAGAAACUGCUGAUCCGGAGACUGUGUCAGAUGUCAAGACAAGAUGGCGUGACUUUGGAGGCCUGCUGAAUCACCUCUUCUUCCUUGUGUACUGCCUCAUUUAUCUGAUACUAAUAUUUAUGUACGUGGUGUAAGUGUGAUGGUGUAUUUGUUUAAGCAGAUAAAGAGAAUCAGUACACAUAUUUUUAAUUUCA